AUGGGUAUCGACCUCGACGCCCAUCACGUCCGUUCUACUCAUCGCAAGGCUGCGAAGAGUGACAAUGUCUACCUCAAGUUGCUAGUCAAGCUCUACCGCUUCUUGGCCCGCCGUACCGAUUCUUCCUUCAACAAGGUCAUCCUCCGCCGCCUGUUUAUGUCCCGCAUCAACAGACCACCCGUCUCCAUUUCCCGAAUCGUUGCGAACACCGGCAAGGAUGAGAAGAGAACCAUUGUCAUUAUCGGCACUGUCACCGAUGACAACCGCCUGUUGGAGGUCCCCAAGGUCAGCGUUGCGGCUCUCCGCUUCACUGCCACUGCCCGUGCUCGCAUUCUUGCUGCCGGUGGUGAGACUUUGACCAUCGAUCAACUUGCCCUGAGAUCCCCAACUGGAAGCAACACCCUUCUUCUCAGAGGUCCCAAGAACGCCAGAGAAGCCGUCAAGCACUUCGGUUUCGGUCCCCACAAGCACAAGAAACCCUACGUCGAGUCGAAGGGCCGCAAAUUCGAGAAGGCUCGUGGUCGCAGACGUUCCAGAGGUUUCAAGGUCUAAAUCCGAUAACACUGGUGAUGAUGGUGUGGCGGAUCUUUGGGCUUGGGCAAGAAUAAGAUACCUGGAGCUGAUAUGGGGGUUUCGUGAGAUCCUCUGUGCAUGGCAAGGCGUAGCGUAUUGCUUUCUUGGCACGACAAAAUGGGAACUCAAUUGAAUGCAUGAACAAACAGCAACUCUUUCUACACUGUGACAUUCGUCCAUUCCUUUCUAAGCCGGGAUGAUCACUAAAUAAUCCACCUUUCACAUUUCAAUCGAGACAAUCACGAUUCAUAUGGAGGAAGCGUUUGCUAAGUGGUGAUCUAUUCAGGAAAUACAU